CGCUGGUUCAGUCGUCAACGAAACGCGCAAACGCACGCAGCAGCUAGCUGUUAAAAACGCUCACCCAUACCAAGACGAAUCACAAAACAAAAACGAGCGCGUUUAAAAACGCUUUUCGUGUGAAGGGAAAUUUAAAAUUUAAAUGAAGUAAGGAUCUCUUCUCUGUUACGCUCUAGAUUCUGCCGCGUGGUGUUCUAUAUAAGAGUGAGACCCGAUCCAGAUCGUUUGUCAGAUCAUCGCAAGAUGUCGAGGCAGUCGCUUCUGCCCCUCCUAGUCCCCUUUCUCCUUCUGCUCUUCGUCUGCCCCUUGGGGCGGGUGUCGGGCAAGAUCUUCGAUCGCUGCGAGCUAGCCAAGCUCCUGCAGCAUCGUUUCGGACUACCCUCUGCCCAGGUGGCGACCCUGGUGUGCAUUGCCCAGCACUCGAGUGACCUGAACACGGCCGCCUUCGGUGGUGGCACUGGACCGGGAGGCGGCUCCCAUGGCAUCUUCCAGAUCAGCGACGUUUACUGGUGCUCCCCGCCCGGACAAGGGGCGGGCUGUGGCCUGAGCUGCUCUCGCCUGCGGGACGAUGACAUCGCGGACGAUGUCCUGUGUGUGCGGAAGAUCUACGCGGAGCACCAGAGGAUUUCGGGCGAUGGAUUCUCCGCGUGGCAGGCCUACAGCGCGUACUGUCGCCAGGACGUGGCCUCCUAUGUGGCAGGAUGUGGCGUGGGUGUCAGCGGAACAGCUCUCUCGGUGGCCGCCUCCUAUCAGCACCCGCAACAGGUGAAGGUGAACCACUACCAGGGACAACCACAGGUGCCACUGGCGGUGGCUCCCGUCCAGCGCCAAGCAAAGAUUUACAAUCGCUGUGAGCUGGCCCAGGAGCUGUACUACCAACACAAACUUCCCAUGCCCCAGAUCCCCACCUGGGUGUGCAUUGCCCAGCACGAGUCCUCCUUCAACACGGCAGCGGUGGGUCGUCUCAAUGCGGAUGGGAGUGCGGAUCAUGGACUGUUCCAGAUCAGCGAUCUCUUCUGGUGCACACACGAUCAGCGGGCGGGAAAGGGCUGUCAUGCCACGUGCAACCAAUUCCUGGACACCAGCAUAUCGGAUGAUGUGCAGUGCAUACGGAGGAUCCAUCAGGAGCACACCCAGAUCUCCGGCGAUGGCUUCAAUGCCUGGACUGUCUACAAAAGGAACUGCCUGGAUCAGCACUACGAGCAGGUGGCGGCCUGUUUCGCCAAGCCCCAGGUGAUCGCCAGCCAUCCAAAUGCCAUUGGGGGAUCACCCAUUAAAUCAAAGGUCAGCUAUGCAUAUCAAUUCGGUCAGCAGAAGAUCACUCCUGUGGCUCCGGUGGCUCCCAUUGCCAAUCAAUACUAUAAGCCAGCCCCACCCUUGCUCACCUACCAGCGAGUGGGUGUGAGCUAUCAGGGCAAUCCCUUCCUGAGACCACCUCAAGCUGCGCCUCAGCGUGCGGCUCAGUCCCACCCCAAUGCCAUUGGCUUCGGCGGAAAGGUGGGCCAGAGCCUGGCCAAUCCCUUCUUUAGCCACAAGCAGACACAACACACAACACAGCAUUAUCAGCAACACUAUCAGCAGGCACAUUACCAGCAGCAGUAUCUGCACAACACACACAGCACACCAGUAAUCACAUCCACAUCCACAUCCCGGACGGGUACGGGUACGGGUAAAGUUUUCAAACGCUGUGAAUUAGCCCAAGAGUUGUAUUUCUCACACAAAUUUCCCAUGCAGGAUAUAGCCACCUGGGUGUGCAUCGCCGAGCAUGAGUCCUCCCUCAGGACGGCGGCCGUGGGGCGCCUGAAUGCGGACGGGAGUGCCGAUCAUGGUCUGUUCCAGAUCAGCGAUCUCUACUGGUGCACCCACGGUGGGGCAGAAAAUGGUGGCAAGGGCUGUCACAUUGACUGCGAUCGCCUGUUGGACUCGGACAUCUCGGACGAUGUUCAGUGCAUAAGGACCAUCCACGAGGAGCACACGAGAAUCUCAGGGGAUGGCUUCACGGCCUGGACUGUGUACAAUGGACACUGCAGACAGCAAACCAAAGCGGAUAUAGUCGGUUGCUUUGGGGGUACAGAUCUGUCAAAGGAGCAGGUGCCUCCAGCCAAGGGAAACGAGAUUACAAAGAAAGCACCUCCCCAGAGGGCCAAGGGAAAGAUCUUCAAGCGCUGCGAACUGGCCCAAGAGCUGUAUUACAAGCACAAGCUUCCCAUGAAGGAGAUUCCCACUUGGGUGUGCAUCGCAGAGCAUGAGUCCUCCUUCAACACGGCAGCCGUGGGUCGUCUCAAUGCGGAUGGGAGUGCCGAUCAUGGCCUGUUCCAGAUCAGCGAUCUCUAUUGGUGCACCCACGGUGAGGGAGGAGGCAAAGCCUGUCACAUUGAAUGUGAUCGUUUGCUGGACUCGGACAUCUCCGAUGAUGUGAAAUGCAUUAGGACGAUCCAUGAGGAGCAUACCCGCCUGUCAGGGGAUGGCUUCAACGCUUGGACCGUCUACAACGGGCACUGCCAGCAUCAGAGCUUGGCCAUGUUGAGUGACUGCUUUGAUGGCAAUGAAAUAACGGAGGCGCAGAGGCCGAGGCCGAGUCCGUAUGCAGAGCGGCCACAGGUAAAGCCACAGCAGGUGAUCAUGGACAAGCCUCAGCAGAAGAUCGCUGCCAGUCAUGGAUAUGCGAAUAAUCCUUUUCUGCAGAACAUACAGGCAGUAAAGAACCCGCAGGUAUCUGCUCAGCAGCUUGCCUUGUUCAGCAAUUCAAAAGAGAAGCCUUCUACAGCCCUAGUCCCAGGCAGUUCUCCAUCGACAAGGCCCAACUAUGACCACAAUCCCUUCCUUAAAGCUCCUGGCUCUCCGCGUCCCUCUGCUCCUCCGCUGAAGAAUUCUGUGCAGGUCAAGCCCAAUAAUAAUCUUUCCUAUGCCCAGAACCCAUUCCUCAGUCUACUGGCAAGGCCAAUCGUGCCCGCUCGAGCACCUGUCAAGCCCUCAGUCGCUACGAAGUCUCCGCAGCAUGUAACCAGACCCUAUGUCAGCAGUGACAGCUUCCGCAAUGAAGUGAUAAAAUAUACCGCCACAUCUUCAGGUACAACAACAACAACAACAAAGCACCCCAUAACAUCAACAACAACAAAAACAACCACUAAGAGCACUGCCAAAGCAACUGUGAGACCGACGAGUUUCCCCCCUUGGGUAUGGCAAACUUCCGCGAAAACAACGACAAGAACCAAGCCCACAACACGGCCCCCGUCCACAACGAAAGCUACAACUCAUUAUACUACUGUAACGAAACCCACGUCACGCCCAACAUUAACCACUCAGCGCUCAGCGGCAACCACUCGCCCAACGACCAUCAGCACAACAACAAGACCUAUUACUCGUUAUAUAGCAGUAACGAAACCUACGACUCGUCGCACGUCAACAACACGCCCAGCCACAACUCUUCGAACUGUGCCUACCACCCGCCCAUCAACAACAGCGAGAUCUGUAACGCAUUAUACAACUGCAACUAAGCCGCUACCUCGAGCCACACCGACAACGCGUCCAACGACAACAGCCCGUCCAGCUACAACAACUCGCACUGUUCCCAGCACUCGCCCAACUGCCUCAACCAAAACUACAAAUCACCCAGCACCCACAACUCGUCCAACUAUAACGACUCGUCGAACAUUAACAACGAGGUCUACAACUCGCUACACAGCCACAGCAAGACCCACCCAACGGUCUACAACGAGACAAACAACUCGUUACUCAGCUAUAACCACACGUGCCACUCGUCCCACCACGUCAAAAACUCUCCCGAGCACCACCCCAAGACCAUACUUAUUCACAUCGACAACAACACCACAAAAGAGUUCGACCACGGCAGAUCCUUUCAGUCAUCCUUUCUUCCAGAAAUUUAAGGCCAAGUUUGAAAAAACUCCCAGCCCUGUUCUACAAAUCAAAACACCUACAACAACAGCGGCACCUUCACGCCAAAACCAGAGCACCACCAGCAGUCCGUACUACGCCAAAUACCAGGAGAACAAAGUCAAAGUGGCAGCCAAGACAGUUUUCUCUUACGAUUUUGGUCAGAAUCGAACGACAACGAAGCGACCUGAUAAUCCAACAACGAAAAUAGCAUCGAGAGCACCCAAGUCCGCUUUCGACGUGUAUCUAAAUUGGAACAAAAACUAAUGGGUUCCGAAGAGCUGAGUGGAGCAAUGGACGGAAUGGGGGCUAUGGCACUUUUAAGACUUGUAAAUACGCGUUAUUGAUUGAUGUAAUACGGCUAGUUUAGCAUAAUGGCAGAAUACUCAUGCAUUAUUAAUCGUAAGCAUUAUAAAUAGGAUUUAGAUAAUAAAACAAAAAUAAAACACAUGCGAAUGCGAAAUGUA